GGCCUCAGGAUCCAUCAUGGACUAGAUAGGGCCCUUAGGAUCCGUAGCCAAGUGGCGCCUCUAGAAUACCUCUGGGAUCGACUUCCUAGAAACCUAAAGAUCCAUCAGUACCCUGGUGGCACUCUAAAAAUCCGCCAGGGAAUAGCUAAAACCUAAAGAUCCGUCAGCCAGGUGGGCCUUUAAUCGAUUAAAACCAUUCUAAAAACAGAAACACAACAAUGCCUGACUUUGGAACACUUUGGGGAAUCGUCUCCUAAAACAAAAUUGUGACGUAAACUUCUUGCCUACUUGCACGUGUCGGUCGGUUACUAGCGUUGCAGCAGAGAGCCCUACCGUCUGGCUAGACCAAGGAAAAGCGGUACAAAUUCGCGAGCUGAAAACACACUGUUAAAGAAUUACACGUUACGAUUUUUGGAACUUCUAAUAUUGAGAUUCAGCCUCGUAAAAUCCCUGGCAUGUUUUCGUUUGACCACUAAGUCGUAAAACGCAGUGUCGUGCAAACUGGGUGACUGUCUGCAGCUCUGUCAGGCUUUUAAAGCUACUGGCGCCGUCACAGGAGGCCUAGAAACUCGUCGGGCAAACACACCCACGAUGGUCAUGUUGCGCCAACUUCUAGUUCUGCUGCCUCUGCUGGCCUGUGUGGCCGCAGCGGAAAACGCCUAUUGUAAAAUUUGCAAGGACCACCCACUGUGCAAGUAUACGACGACGCCUGGCGCAGCUUGCAAGAACUACGUUGCUCCGCGUAUGUCGAGUAGCGACAAGGAGCUCAUCGUGAGACUGCACAACGAAUUCAGAAACAAAGUAGCACUCGGUCAGGAGAAGCGAGGCAAGGGUAACCCCCAACCCUCUGCGUCCAACAUGAGGAAAAUGUCUUGGGAUGAUGAAUUGGCGACAAUUGCUCAACGUUGGGCCGAUCAGUGCAUCUUUGAGCACAGUACUUGCAUGAGCACACGUGAUGGUACUGACGCGGGGCAGAACCUCCUGUCGGGUGGAAUUGCUCCCGGACAGGUGACCCCCGACUGGAAGGCGGCUGUGACAAUCUGGUACGAUGAAGUGGCCCUUCGCGACGGAUCAAAGAACACACAACCAUUCACGGUUGACGAGACUUUUGAAAACAUAGGUCACUACACUCAAGUUGCAUGGGCCGAGACUUAUGCCGUGGGUUGUGGCUACUCGUCCUAUAGAGCAGGCUCGGGCAACAAGCCCGACACUCAGCUGGUGGUUUGCAACUACAAGCCCAGCGGUAAUUACGGAGGUGAGGUUGUACCAGGGAGGCGCUCCAGCAUCGAAGUGCCCCCAGGGCACCAAGAGGGAUUCUACUUACAAGGGGUUGUGUGCCUAGCCACGCUUGAACACUGUCAGACUUUACGACUAAAUAAAACUAUCCGUUCCGUGUUCAUAUGCAAAUUUUUUACAGAUUAUUUGAAGGUGUAUACGUGCGUGUAG